AUGUUGUUAAAAAAUAUUAAAGCGGCCACGUUCUGUGGUAAAAAGAUAUUAUCUCAGAAUAAUUUCUUACAAAUUCCAAGACGCAAUGGUUAUUUAAUACUUGUUCCAGAAAUUGGAGAAGAUUUACCAGGGAAAUAUCCUUUAUUGAAGGAAGAUAAAAGCCCGGAGUUUACGAAUAUUACAAUAGAAAAAUGUGUUGCCGCUAUAGGAAAGCAAGCAUUGGAAUUCGAAGAGACAAUUAGGACUGUAGAGAAACAAGUAGAACGCACUGACGACGUUACUCCAGAGUUCUUAUUUAAAAAUGUGUUAGAACCUAUAGAAGAUGUAUAUACUUCGUUAAAUAUUACAUGGGGCAUUGCAAAAACAUUAUAUUUGGGAAAUCAAAGUUUAAUGCCAACAAAAUAUUAUAUUAGUAUUAAUGAGCGUGCGAAGAAAGCUACGGCUUAUAGAUACAGCAGUGAUUCAAUUUAUCAAGCAUGUAAAAAGGUUUUGAAUAACAAAGAGUCUACCUUAAAUGAUCAGCAGAAGGGAGUCCUAAGAAAAUUCGUACUAGAAGGAAAGUUAAAUGGAUUAGAAUUGACUCAAAGAAAGAAGGAUGAACUUUCAGAUUUAAAAGUGUUGUUAUUUCGCGACAUAUCGGAAUAUUCACAAAAAGUGGAGGCAGCUGUACAUCUGAUGACUUUUACUAUAAAAGAUUCUGCAGUUGUAAGAGAUUUCCCUGAAGAAUUAUUAAGAGCUAUGGUAUCGGAUUCUACGAAAUAUCUUGUUGGACCAUGGGUAUUAACUUUGUAUCCCGACGUCUACGAAUUGUUCAUGGAGUAUUGUCCUGAUCGUGUUUUGAGAUGGAGGAUUUGGGAAGCAUACGUUACUAAAGCGUCUGUGUUGCACGAGAGACAAGUCCAAGCGAGUGUAGCAUUAGAAGAGAUUAGAGGAAGGAGAAUGAAGGAAGCUAAUUACUUAGGAUAUAAAACUUAUGUCGAUUUAAGUAUGGAAACUAAAAUGGCAGGUAGCAUGGAGAAUGUUUGCAAUAUAUUGGAUACUUUGUUAGCCACAGCUCGCCCUGCGCAAGAAUACGAACUUAAACAACUUCAUGCAUUUGCAAGCGAAAGAGGUUUGGAAGGUGGACUCCAACUUUGGGAUGUAACAUUUUGGGCUAGGAAGUUACUAAACUCUCAACACAAAUUCAAGGAACAGAGUUUAAAUAAUUAUUUUCCUUUACCAAAAGUAUUAGAUGGUUUGUUCAAUCUGGUAGAAAUGUUAUUUGAUAUAAAAAUUAUUGAAGACAAAAGGCCAGAUGUUUGGCACAAAGAUGUCCGUUUUUUUAGUAUCUUCGAUAUGAAGGAAUCGAAUAGCGAACCAAUAAGUAGCUUUUACUUAGAUCUGUAUGCAAGAGACGAUGAGAAAUCGCAGAAUUCAGGGUACAUGGUACCGAUACAGAAUAGGAGCAAAGUAAGCGAUAUGAAACCACUGGCUGCGUUGAUAUUCAGUUUCCAACCACCUACCAUCAAUAGGCCUUCUUACCUUUCGUUCAAAGAAGUUGAGACUCUCUUCCGACAGUGUGGACACAUGUUGCAACACGUAUUGACGAAGGUGGAUUACGCAGAUAUUGCUGGACAUUCGUUCAUAGAAUGGGAUACAGCGUUCAUUGCAGAUUAUUUUCUCGCCAAUUGGUUGUUCGAGCCAUCGGUUUUACAAGAAAUUUCUGCUCAUGAAGAAACAAACGAACCAUUAUCUCUGGACAUGAUCAAGAUGUUAAAGCACACAAAAACGCAUUUAUCUGGUUAUAAUUUGUGUAAAGAAAUCUAUUGGUCACGAUUUGAUUUAGAAUUGUAUUCUAGAAAAGAUUUUUGGAAUACUAUCUUGGGUCGCAUAUGGGAUAAACAUUUUGUACUUCCGCCACAUAAGAAGGACUGUGAAGUUUGUUCAUUCCAAACGAUUUUUAGCGGAGACUGGGGAGCUGCCUAUUACAGCAAUAUCUGGUCUAAAAUGAUCGCUGCCGAUUUGUACAGUGCUUUUCAAGAUGUGUCUUAUAAAAAUAAGGAGCAACUAAAGGAACUCGGCAACAGAUAUCGCGAAUCGUUCCUUUCUGUAGGCGGUACUUACUCCGGACGAGAAAAUUUCCGAAAAUUUAGAGGGAGAGAUCCUAGUCCAAAAGCACUUUUGAAAAUGUAUGAAAUAGAUAAGAAGAGCAGUAUGCUAGAAGUCAAUAAUCAAGAUAUCGACGUCGACUGAAGAUAAGUUAAUGAACAAUGAAAUGUAGUUUGUAUAAAGACAAAUAAUGAAGACAUUUCAUUUCUCGCCUGAAGA